AUGAUUUACGGGGCACAUUUCCGUGGUGGUAUUAUUUCAUGGCGUCCCUUAAACAAUGUACCAUCGGGUAGCUAUGCCCAAAUCCUCAUACAUCAAAGAUAUUUUUGGAAUCGGCGAUGGAGCAGUUUUAGCACACCUUAUUGUGAUGAAUCAGAUGUUGCUGCUCAAACAUCGAUUCCUGUCAAUUCCUUAAUGACAUGUUUACAAAAUUGUUCAAGUUCUAACUAUGCUUCACUUUCAACUGUAAUGACAAGUACAGAUUGUGAUUCAAACUCGAUAAUUGAAUCGUGGGCUGGUGAACGCUAUGAUAAUGUAUCACUACGUUUGACCACAUCAAUUACAAUUGGUUUUGUUUCAAGUGCAUGGUUUAGCUCACUUUAUAUUGGCGGUAAUGGAAGUUGGUCAAUUGUUAAUCGACUAAAUUUAGCCGUGAGACCCGAUGGUUACAUCAAUACAAGUCCUGUUACAAAUACAUUACCAGUAGUUUUUGUUCCAGUGAAUACACAAACAGUUCACGUUGUGCAAAUGGCAGAUACUGAUGCCACCGAUAUAUUGGCAUGUCGUUGGUCCAAUUCACUAACUAGUACAAACUAUAACCGUGAGAAUGAAUGUGGCGGCGUCUGCUCUGGACUACCAUCUUCAACUGUACUCACUGGUUCCAAUUGCACAUUAGUUUUUACUCUACCAACAACUAAUCUCUAUUACGCUUGUGCACUGCAGAUCGAAGAUUACUACGAUUCUUCCCACACGACUCCAAUGAGUUCGGUCCCAAUACAGUUCUUAUUCUAUGCAUACACACCUUCAUCAAGCGCUUGUGCAACUCGUCCAGCAGUCAUCGGUGAGCGUCCAAAUAGAGCAUGUAUUGGAGUUCCAUAUGACGUUCAGUUGACUGAAACUGUAAUUGUACAGACAUACUGUACCGGUCAAACUAUUGUUGAUUUUGUCACUAGCUCACCGAUUGGAAUGACACAUAGUGCGAUUACUAAUCCAAGUAGUGGUCUAUGGCACAUGACAUUGACUUGGACACCUAACAUAACACAGUCUGGUCCUGAAGGCUUCUGUGCUGGUGCAAUUGACAAUCAUAAUCUGCAAUCAGAUCCAUGGUGUAUUACGUAUCUAGUUGACUAUACAUCACCAAAUAUAAUUCGCCCCACAGUUGUACAGGGAUCAGCAAGUCCGGUUGGUACUGUCUUUGCAAACCAGUCGAUAUUUUCAAUAACGGCUACAAAUCCUGUUGGUCGUCCAAGUCGUAAUGGAACAUACGUCUGUUUUAACGAUUUAGCUACAAAUCUGUCAGUAGUGUGUUAUGACGCUGGAUAUGCUACGAAUAUGUUUUAUAAUGGAUACACAGUCACAAUCAUUACAAGUGUAACAUGGACUUAUGGUCAUACGUAUUAUGUAACAAUGGAUAGUGGGUUUGCUAGUGGAAGUGUAUUUUGUCAUGCUGAAUCAGCACCCAUCACCGAUGUAACAUUUUGGCAGUUUAAUAUCUGGAACCCAGGAGUUUCGAGUACAACUACAACGACUACAACACCUCCUACAACACAUACAGUGACAACGAGAAAUGUAUCGAUUACAACUGUCAAUACACUACUUACCACAACUGGCAUAAUCGCCUCGACUACGACCAUACUGAACGUUACUAGUACGACAACUACCACUACUACGGUUCUAACAACUACCACUACAACUGUUACCACUGCAACUACAACUCAGUUGGUCACCGAUAUGCAAGUUAUGACACCACAAGAUUUCGAAGAAGCCUGUAAACAACCUGUUGCUAUCUUCACAGUUGCUCAAUAUUAUAAUGGACAUAAAUAA